ACUUGACAGACGAAACAGGAAGUACAAAGAACCGUUCAUCUAGCAUCCUCUAGAUCUUCGCUUCAACCCAACAACAACGCGCGGAAGUUCAAAACUGCUUGUUCGGGAAAACCUGGUAAAAUCAACGAAAAUGGCGGCGAGAGAAAACACGUUAAAACAGCGACAGAAAAUGAUCAACACCACAUUCGAGUCCAGCAUAGAUUCCUCUGCGAUCGAAGAAAAGUUUUUGCGCCAAGCGGAGGAGGACGAGGACGACGGCCCCGUAGUCUUCAUCUGCGGGAAGUGCAAGUUGCCUGUCGGGGAUUCGAUGUCGUGGGAUGGAAGUGAAGACGGUCAAAACCAAAUAAGAUUGAAACGGGUCACUGACAACGUCGUGGUUGGACAAGACACGCGCCUAUACGACGCGAGUAAACGAUCUCUCUGUCUGAUUGUGGAUCUGUUCUGCCGAGGCUGUCACUCAGUGCUUGGAAUGGUUUUCGCAUCAACGCCUAAGAAACUCGACUACAAGAGGUUUACAUUCUGCUUCAACGUCGCAGACAUUGACAGCUACGUGCUUGGUUCUGCGAGCCAGAUGUUGGCAGCAGAGGGCCCCAAAGAGCAGCCGGUCACACUGGAGUACAGAGGCAUGGUGGAACAACAGCUGGCUGAGAUGAAAAUGCUGGUCAUGUCCAUGGCCCAGCGGCUGGAGGAGAUCGCCGUGGAUGAAUGCGACGUGACUGGGAGCGGGGCUUCGUCCAGGUGUUGACGGUGACGUCUCGCCUCUCACCUUUUCCUGACUUUACUGCUUCCUCCUCAAAAUGUAAUCUAGACCACAUUCCUCUGUAAUAUGUUCUGUCCUAGCCUCACCUUGUGCAGACACACACACACACACACACACACACACACACACACAGCUUCCACUGGGCUCGUUCCUGAUUACCAGUGGUGGGACAAAGGGCGUCUGCAAACGUAAUCAAUCACGUUGUCAGUUGGGCUCGCGUGGCUCGUGGCACCAUCUUUCCAGUGUGUCUCGGCGCGGAGCGACUGCACGCUGUGAGCAGAGUGUUUAUUUGUGCAGGAUUUCAUCAGGCGCACUGCACACUCAGCACAAUGCUGUAUUGAUCCGGCCACACACACACUUUCUCUUUGUUCCCAUCCUCAAGCGUGGAGGCUUGAGGGAUUGCUGUAAAUACGCUUUUCAUCAUUUCCAACAAUUUAUCAGUGGUAAUGACAAAAUGUGGUAUUUUAAUACUGUGCUGCAUUUAAGUUAUUUUAUGUUAUUUGCUUCUUUUUCUUCACUUGAGAAUUAUGGAAAUCUUUUCCGAAACAGACAUUUAAUCGCUUUCCCUCACUUGUUAAAUUGUCUCAUUGUAGGUCUGUUUUACUGUUUUCUGUUCAUUGUUGUAGAGUUUUCUUUGAAACUUCUGUGUAAUAAAGUAUUGAAAACGUCUUAAA